AUCAGCGGGCGACCACCGGUAGUCAUCUCUCGUCCAUCGAAUCGGUCGGAGCACUUCUAACGGAAACUCUAAGAAUUUCUGGAUGUUUCUUGAACCGCCCACUUCAAUCUAGUCAUAGACUUAAGUAAUAGUAAAUAAGUAAAGUCGAAGACUAGCCGUGCGAAUAUCAACAAAAUGUCUAUGUCAUCGCUGGGUAUCAGCACCGGUUUUAUGAUCGGUUACUGUGUGCUUGCCCAGACAGCUCGUCGUCUCGCCAAGAGUUUCGUCGAUCGAGAGGGCAUCGUCCCGGUGCUCAUUAACGAAGCAAUCGCAGCAGCGGAAUUAUGCGCUUGCUGCUUUGAAUUAAUCAUUGUGGCCGAUAAUUUUGGAGUUGCUGCCUAUGCGGUCUUCCUCUUUAUGCUUACCAUUUGGUGGGGCAAGGUAUGGGGUGAUGCUUCCGCCUGCCCGUACACUCACAUGGAAGACUUGGUGGAAGGCAAGACAUCUCUGAAGGAAGUCGCCUUACGCACGUGGGCCGAGUUAAUGGGAGGUUGUUGUGUUUAUCGCAUAGUUCAGGUCUUUUGGUGGUUCGAAUUUGCCGAAACACAUAAGGGACGUGCUUUUGAGGAAUGCAAUGCUGAUUUACAGGUGCACCCCUAUCUCGGAGCCGCUAUCGAAGGAUUCGCCACACUACUUUGCCGGCUUGCAUCGAAAGCGCUCAGCGAGAAAGAGCCGAAAUUCAGCACCAUCAUUGACUCGUUCAUCGGCACCAGUUUAGUUGUUGCAGCAUUUAACUACUCAGGCGGCUACUUCAACCCCGUGCUGGCAACUGCACUCAAGUGGGGCUGCCGCGGGCACACCAACCUGGAGCACAUCAUCGUCUAUUGGAUUGGCGCAUGUGUUGGCGCCUUAUUAUCAGUGCCCAUUUAUAGAGUGCCGAUCGUGCGACGCUUUUUGGUGGGCGAACACAAAGAGAAGGAAGAAUAACACAAGUCGAAGGAGGCAAUUGAAAAACCGAAAAUUAAGCGGUCCUGAGAUCUCCUUAGCGAGUAUAUAGCACAAAGGAGCAGCUAGUUAUGCAUAUCUGUUGAAUGGACGCAACGAUUUAACAUUUUAAUGCGCGUAUAUCUGAUUUUAUGAUACCAUCCAUGAUUGGCUAUUUUAAUUUGUUAAGAAAAACAAAAAGACUUAAGUUAAAGGCAACGAAAAAAAUACUCUCAUUUCUUGUUAUUGUUAUUGUGUUGAAUACUUCACAGUUGUUAUCUUACAAAUAUUGUAAAUACAUACUAAAUACGUUAAUAAGUACAUGCGCAAAUGAAUUCAACCCCACAAAUAUACAAUGGUUUUAUAAAUAUAUCAGAAUAUAUUUAUCUUGUACUUAACCAAAAAUUACAA